UACCGCCCUCCACAGGCUGCGUCGAGCGAGCAGACAGACUCCUACCUGCCAAGAGGCGAGCGUGGCUCUCUCAGCUGCCGUGCCUGGUGUAAGCAGCGUCAGAUCACAACGGAGCACUCUCUCGCGCAUACACAAUAGCCAUGUCGGUCCUCGCCACGCUGGCAUCGUCCAUCAGCGUUCCCCAGCGUCAGUCUCACACAGACAGACCCUUCACCCUCUCCAGUACUGCACUCCAAGCAGCGCGUAGCAAAGCAGAACGUGGCAUCAAGACACUCGCUGGCGAGUCCCCCCAGAUGUCCACCACCCAAGCUGAACCAUCCUGCGUCUCAGUCAAUUUUGCACCCAGGUACUCAGUAGAGCAGUACAAGCGUUUCCUCGAAGGAUCUGCCAUCAGUGUCGCGCGUGCCAGACAUGCUGCCUUCUCUCAAUCAGCAGGCGCUGCUACACAAUCGUUCGACGAGAGGCAGAAGCAAGAAAAGUCCAGCAAGCAGCAAAUGAGUCCCUUGCUCUCACCCGUCUCGUCACACUCAACACGCUCUGGUGGACCAGCAAGUAGGCACAAGUUGUACAAGACGGAACUCUGCAGGAACUGGCAGGAAUCUGGUUCAUGCCGCUAUCAAACGCGUUGUCAGUUUGCCCAUGGACCUGGCGAGUUGCGCGAUUCUGCACGACACUGCAAGUACAAGACGGAACCCUGUGUGUCUUUUGCUCAGCAAGGGCACUGCCCGUAUGGAUCGCGUUGCGUCUUCAUGCACUGCCAGGAGUCUCCUUCAUCCAGUAGCAACCAUGCCAUUAGUCCAGGUGACAUGGCAAAUGCAUCCUAUUUCCCCUUCAAGCGUACCUCCUUAUCAUCACUCACAUCCAAUGAAAGCAGCACGAGCAGCAACAGUCAGACAUCUCUGCUGGGUUCUUCGCCACUGGGCUCUCUGCCAGCAGGCUCACAGCUGUCUGCUUUCUCGGCCUCUCCCGUCUCACCGCUUGCGUCAGGUAUGGAUGCGUCAAGCUAUCUCACAAAUGAUGUUGUUGCCCAAAACUGGAAGAAUCGCGUGUAUGCUUUCGAUGUAGGGUAUCGAUCUGCUCUGCCAGAAGCACUUCUAGAUGAUUCGGACGAGUGCCCCUCUGCAUGUCCGGCAUUCAGGCGCUUGGCUUCCUGCGUGUAUCCAGAAAGAAGGCAUCUCAAGACGCUGAUGGAAGAGCGAUCGCGCUCAUCUUCUCCCAGCAGCUGGGAAGCAACUGAUGGCUACACCACACCACCACUCGAUUAUGCGGCACACCAAGCAUGGCUCGAUGAAUUGAUAGAGACACCACGACCUCCAGCCAGUCAGCGUGUAUUCCAACAACGCCACUGCGACAUGCAGCUCCGUCAAACAGGUCCAGUAGAAGCGUGCGCGUUCUCUGAACAGGUGCCCAUGCAUGCCAUCGGUCGCCAGGUUUGUUCCAACCUUUCCUUUCAUCCAGCAAGCGAUCUCUUGCGCGGUGGCUAGAAGCUACAAACCUCGUAAUCCGUUGGUCCCUCCUCUCAUGAUUGACCCUAUCGACGACUGCGCAGGACGCAGUCAAUGCUACAGCAAACGUGUGACACAACCGUCACGACACUUAUGACCUCUGCAACGACUUAUGAAAUCUCCAAGCGCAGUCAUUUCCAAGCGA